CUAAUUCGGGCCGUUCAUGGAUCGCCCCACCGCUCUCGUUCCCUCCUUUGCUUUUGUCAUGUGGCGUCUCGUCGUUGCUUCCCAGCACCAUCCGUCCAUGUCACCGCCUCUCUGUAUAAAAGCCACUCGUGCCAAGUCUCAAUGCAAAUCCUCCUUAUCUUCUUCCGUUCAAGUCUCGAGCCUUGUUGGCAUGGCCGUGCAAGCGCAGUUCGGCCUCGGCGGGUUAGCCGGCAUCAACACCGCUGCGUGUCUGCCCCGACCCAAUCCGGCCUACGAGGCCGAGGCGCAGAUGCUGGCGAUGCAGCAGGAUUACGGCUACAGAGCCCUUCUGUCUCCGGCGGGCGCCGCGGCCUUCUACAACGACUGCGCUGCCGCGGUUGUCAGCGGCGGGCCGAGCAGCCUGACGUGCCACAACGGGCAGUCGCGGAAGCGCAGCCGGGACGACGCGGACGCGUACUCCUCGGCGUCGCUGCUGCUGCCGAUCCCUGGCAUGCCAAACGUCGCGGACGAGUCCGCGAUGACUUCCACGAGCGGCCGUUUAUCGUCGUGGUCUGCGGGAGCGCUCGUGUCGGAGCUGUCCCGGCAAAACGGCGAGAUCGACGCGCUCAUGAGACUCGAAUGCGAGAGGCUGCGCGCCGGGGUAGAGCACGCGCGGAAGCGGCAGUGCCAGGCGCUGGUCCACGCGGCGUCCGUGGCAGCGGUGGUGCGAAUGAGGGAGAAGGAGGCCGAGCUGGACGCCGCCCGCCAGCGCAACGCCGCGCUGGAGGAGCGGCUCCGCCAGGUGGCGGCCGAGAGCGACGCGUGGCGCGGCCUCGCGCGCAGCAACGGAGCCGUCGCCGCUGGCCUCCGCGCCACGCUCGACCACGUCCUCCUCCUCCGCGCUGCCGCCCGGCCGGCCGAGGGCUUCGGCGAGUCCUCCGCUCUCGACGCCGACGACGCCCAGUCCUGCUGCUUCGAGGGGCCGAACGAUGACGACGUGGGAACUAGCUCGCUGGCGCCGGCGUUGGCGUUGGGGAAGUGGGCGUGCAAGUGUUGCGGGGAGCGCGAGGCGUCUGUGCUGCUUCUGCCGUGCCGGCACUUGUGCCUUUGCAAGAUGUGCGAGCCCAGGCUUGACGCCUGCCCCGUCUGCCUCGCCGUCAAGAACACCUGCGUCGCGGCCCGUUCGCCAUUGGAAGUUUCCUAGUGGCCUUAAUUUGCGACUCCGUUGUACUCGUACGAGAUGUUUUAGACAAAGUUUUUCGAGAAUGUUUUACUAGAUAAAGUAGAACGAGCUGUUGAAGAUAGUGCGGUGCUCAAUAGCAGUAGAAGGAACCUGGGGUUGUCCGAUGAAAAAUGCUCAUUUCGCACCUUGAAGUUCACAUGCGGUGGCACCUUCUGUCCGCAAUAGGUCUUCAUCAUAGUAACAAUCUUAGAGUAAAAAUAGAGCAAUUGAAUUCUAAGGAAUAAUUCUACGUAUGUCUUUUGGAUCAUAUAGAACUGUAACAAAGAAAUUUCAUAGGAUAUAAUUUUUUUUUUCUCUACAUUUCGAAGGAAUCUAAACGAGUGAUGCAGUCUCAUGGAAAUCUUCUUUAAUUCAAAAAGUUCAAUGCAUCUUCUUUGUAUCUC